AUGAAUUAACCUAGAAGCUAAAGUAUGAGAGUUGAUAUAUCAAAUGGAUAAUCAUAAUUAAAUAAAGAAAUAGUUACUAAAUUAAAAUCUUUAAACCCAUCUUCAUUUGUUACUUAUGAAGUCUUAGAUCUAUUUUUUACACAAUUAUAGUCAAUUUUAAAAGAAAUAUAAAUCAAAUAGGAAGAUCAAGAAAGAAUUUUUAUUUAUUUCAAAAAAAUUAAUGAAUUUGAAAAUAAGCUUGUCGCUUUAGAGUAAUUAGUUAAUAGAAUAGCUUAAGUGGUAAUACCUCUUCAAGAAGAAUUAAUUGAAAAAGUUUCAAAAGGUUAAACAUAACAAUAAACAAUAGAAAAAUAUUUUUAAACUUUUCCAUAAUAAUUAGAUCUUAUAUUAAAUGAUAGAUUUAGCUUUCUUGAAAAUUAAAGCAAUCAUUAUUCAAAAUAAUUUAAAAAUAUAGAAGAAGAUAUAAAUGAAGUUUAAAAUCAUGUAUUUGAUCCUUUAUUUUUAGAUAAAAAAACAAGAUAAUGAUAUUUUAAUCCUUUUAAAAUCUUAUAAGGAAUUAUUAUCAAUUGAUCCUCAAUACAAAUAACUAAAAUAAUAAUUAAAUAUAAUUAGUGAAGGUCUAAAUGAUAUAAAAUAGCACAUUUUUUUGUGA